GGAGUAGCUUAGUGUAGCAGCCAAUGAUGAGAGCAAUUCUGUGUUGCAUUCUUUCAAUCGUUUUUACUCUGUUUCUUAGACCCACGUAUUCCAUCAAAAAGUCAUAUGUGGUGUACUUGGGUGGUCAUUCACACGGAAAACAAGUCUCUUCGGCUGAUAUUGAAAGAGUAAAAUAUUCUCAUCAUCAGCUGCUUGGAUCAUACCUUGGAAGUUCUGAUAAGGCCAAAGAUGCAAUUUUCUACUCAUACACCAGACACAUCAAUGGUUUUGCUGCUAUGCUUGAGGAAGAAGAGGCUGCUGAGAUUGCCAAGAAUCGGGAGGUGAUAUCAGUGUUCUUGAACAGGGCAAGACGAUUGCAGACAACUAGAUCAUGGGAGUUUCUUGGACUGGAAGGUGAAGGCGGCUUAAUCCAUGAGGGUUCAAUAUGGAAAAAGGCGAGGUUUGGAGAAGAUACCAUCAUCGCUAAUCUUGAUACGGCUGCAGGAGUAUGGCCUGAAUCAAAAAGCUUUAGUGACGAAGGAUUUGGACCAAUUCCCAAAAGGUGGAAAGGCAUUUGCCAGAAUCAGAAAGAUAAAAGCUUUCACUGCAACAGGAAACUCAUUGGAGCUAGAUACUUUAACAAAGGGUAUUCUUCUGCGGGUGGCACUCUUAAUUCCAGUAGUUCCUUCACCCCACGUGAUGUUGGUGGUCAUGGGUCUCAUACCUUAUCAACAGCGGGUGGUAAUUUUGUUCCUGGGGCAAAUGUUUUCGGUUUGGGCAACGGAACAGCUAAGGGUGGCUCGCCCAAAGCUCGGGUAGCUGCUUAUAAGGUUUGCUGGGCCGAAGAUUAUUGCUCUGAUGCAGAUAUCCUGGCUGCUUUUGAUCGGGCGAUUGACGAUGGUGUUGAUGUGCUGUCUGUAUCGCUUGUAGGAGAAGACCCUGGCCCAUAUUUUCAAGACGGUUUGGCCAUUGGUUCCUUUCAUGCUGUAAAGAAUGGUAUUGUUGUGGUUGCCGCAGCUGGUAAUGAUGGACCUGAUGCCGGUUCUGUCACUAAUGUUGCACCCUGGCUGAUCACUGUUGGGGCAAACACCAUGGACAGACAGUUUCAGAGUAAUGUAGUGUUGGGAAACAAAAAACACUACACAGGAGAAAGUGCAGCGCAGCUAAAACUUCCAACUGGGAAGUUCUAUCCACUUCUUUCUGGUGCAUCCGCUAGAAUUAAUGCAUCGAUUUCAAGCCAAGAUGCUCUGGUUUGUAAGCCUGGAACUCUGGACCCGGAAAAGGUAAAGGGAAAAGUUUUGGUUUGCCUACGAGGCGGAAUUCCCAGAACUGAUAAGAGCCACCAAGCUGCUUUGGCUGGUGCUGUAGGAAUGAUUCUUGCAAAUGAUGAGUAUUUUGGGAAUGAUAUUGAGGCUGAUGAACACUUUCUCCCAGCUACACAUGUCACCUACUCAGAUGGACUUGCAAUCUUUGAUUACAUUAAUAAAACCAGGAAUCCUGUGGCUCACAUUACUCAUCCAAACACACUAUUGGGAGUGAAGCCAGCUCCAGUUAUAGCAGCUUUCUCAUCAAGAGGCCCCAACACCGUUAAUCCAGAGAUUCUCAAGCCUGAUAUAUCUGCCCCUGGAGUGAAUGUGAUAGCUGCUUUCACUGAAGCCACUGGGCCGUCUGAUAAUGAUUACGAUAAGAGGAUUGUUUCAUUCAACUUACUAUCAGGGACUUCAAUGUCAUGUCCUCAUGUAGCUGGUGUUGUUGGCCUUCUCAAAACGGUCUAUCCUUCAUGGAGCCCUGCAGAAAUCAGAUCUGCUAUUAUGACCACCGCUACAGUAAAAACCAACUCGGGGAAGGCGAUAACUGACGAUAAAACUGGAGUGGAAGCAACCCCAUUUGCAUAUGGAGCUGGACACAUAAACCCAAACUGUGCCGCAGAUCCUGGCUUGGUCUACGACUUGAAACUCAAAGAUUAUGUCAACUUCAUCUGCGCACAAGGCUACAAUGAAACUGAUAUCACAAGGGUUUUAGGGACACCAUACAAGUGCCCUCACCACAUUACUCUCUCCACCUUCAACUAUCCCUCAAUCGCUAUCCCUCACCUCAAAGGCGCAGCCACCGUCACCAGAACUCUGAAAAACGUCGGCUCUCCGGCUACCUACACAGCUUCUGUUCGUAGCCCGGUUGGAUUCUCUGUCACUGUCAACCCCAACAUUCUUAAGUUCGAAAAGGUUGGCGAGGAGAAAAGUUUCAAAGUUACUCUCAAGGCAAAGGGGGAAAACGCUAGUGCUGAUUAUGCAUUUGGGGUGUUAAAAUGGUCUGAUAAAAAGCACCGUGUGAGAAGUCCCAUUGUUGUGAAAGCAGCAGUGUAGAUGAAUGCCCCAACCUUCUAGGCUUGCUUGAUUAUUGUGAAUUAUUGUAUUUCAUAAUUGCACGAACUUGGUCUUGCAAAUGGUGUUUCUUAAACUUCGCUUAGUGUUUAAUAAAAAGUUCAUGGGUGGGCAGAUGUUGAGUACA